AUGGCCGUGGACUACCUCGCCAUCGGCGCCACCCUGGUGUGCCUGCUCGCGGCGGUGGCCGUCUACCUCCACCGCGCGGGCCUCGGACCGUUUGCGCGCAAAGAGGUGCUCUCGGCGAGCCCGUUCGGCCUGCCGCCCGAGCCCGAGGCGCAUGACCCGGACGAGUGGAUGGCGCGCGGGCUUGGGGUGGAGCUUCCGACGGCGGACAUCGAGGCGUACGAGGCGGCGGCGGAGAAGCUCAAGGGCAUGAAGCGCGGCUCGCCCGAGGUGUCCGAGGCGCACCAGCUCGCCGUCAACCUGCUGAUGCAGCGCGCGUGCGCGUCUCUGCUCGCCAUCUGGAAGGCGACGCGCGAGAUGGCGCGCUGCGCCCCCGCGCGAGCUCUUCACCCGGCUCGCCACCCCACCCGUCCGCCGCGCCUCUCGCCGCAGGAGCGGCUCUUCCGCAUGCGGCGCACGAACCGGCUGUCGGACGGCGAGUGGGCGGGCGUGGAGGAGGAGUUCGAGGCGUUCCGUGAGGAGCGGCUCUCGGUGGCGGAGCAGGCGAGCUGGCUGCGGCCCGGCUGGCCCGGAGGCUGGGGCGAGUCCGUCUUCACCGACGCGCACCGCGCCCUCUUGCGGGCGCGGGAGAGGAUGCUGGCAGACGGGCACGAGCCGGACGACGAGCGCGUCCCACCGGCAGGCCGGCUGCGCUUCGAGCCGGGGGCGCGCGUGCAGUGCAACGUCGGCCGCGAUCCCUCCGGCAGCGUCAAGUGGUCGUGCGGCACCGUCCUCUCCUCGUACGAGCUGCCGUACAAGGUUGCUCUCGACGAGGCUGGCCGCGUCAACGCGCCGCAGGCCGGCUCCCACUCUCCCGCUCCCAACCGCGCACCGCCUUACCGCUUCAAGCCGGGCGACCGCGUCGCCGCCAACUGCGGCUCCGAGGGCUUCCUCGCCGGCACGGUCCUCGAGCGAAACAUCCUCGCCGACUUGCAGCCCGGCGAGGAGCGCGGCCCCGCCUGCCCGCCGGGCAAGAAGCUGCGCGCCGCCUACGCCGUCCGGCUGGACGGGCCGCAGCAGCGGGUCGUGCUCGCGCCGAUGGACGUCGAGCGUGUGCAGAAAACCUCCAAAAAUACAGUAGAUACCACGCCGUUCGUGAGGUUUGUGGUGUUUGGAGGCGACACGUACCUCGUACGGCUCUCUCGCUGGGAGCGUCGCUGGUUCUCUAUCGUCUAUGUGAAACACUAA